CAUGAGUGCGUGGUGGCCCGGCCGGCUGGCAUCGAGCGGUCUGUCUGUCUGGAAGGGGAAAGGGGUUUUUAUUCCGUCGCCAUGAGUCCUGUCGUCUACUACCGCCUCUUGACACCUUUGCUCCUGCUCGGUUUUGUACAGGUAAUAUUGACAAAGAGAUUUGCGGUGAAAGAAGGAACAAAAAUAUGUUUGCUGGCUGAAUUCUCAGCUAACUUUUCAGUCAGAUUUGAAAACAUCGCUAAAGAGCAGGUUAUAGUUUUGUUCUCUAUGCCAGAAAAUGCAAAAGAAAGCCCAAAAAGUAAUUGUAAUAAGAUGAUUGCACCGCUACUGGUCGUCAGCUUUAAAAAUGGUCAUUCUCUCAGCAUGAAUUUUUCAAGGAACAACGGAUCAUACAAAAUGGAAGAAAUGGCUAUUACUCUCAAUAUGAGUGACAGUUCACUGUUUCCUAAUUCAAGUAAAAAUUUAUUCACCACUUCAGCACCUUCGAACAUCAGUGCAGCACUGAAUACAACGUACACCUGCAUGCAUGAUUCCAUCAUAUACAUGGAUAAAGUAAACGUAACACUGAGUAAGGUCCGGUUGGAAGCUCUACCACUUGCUGAUAACUUCAGUAAAAUUAUAACAGAAUGCUCUGCUGAUGUGACUCCAUCUCCACCUCCCACAACAACGGUCACCACUGUGGCUCCAACUGUAACACCUGAUAUACGAAAACCUACUCAAGGAAGAUAUAAUGUAACCAAUAUCAAUGGGACCUGCUUACUUGCAGCGAUGGGACUACAGAUUAAUAUUACUGGCAAUAAGACUACAACAAAAGUUUUUAACAUUAAUCCCAACGAAACCCAAGCAAGUGGAAACUGUAGCACAGAUCAUGCGUACCUUCAACUGACAGAUUCAAGCACCAUACUGAUUUUUCAUUUUGUUGUGAAUACUAGUUUCAACAAUUCUUACCUGAAAGGGAUCUCAAUUUCAAGCAGUGUUCCACCACAAGGAAAGAAGUUUGAGGCUGAAAAUACCAGUCUGCACUACUUGCAGACUUCUUUGGGCAAAUCUUACAUGUGCCAAGCUGAACAAGUUCUCCAAGUAACCCCAGACUUUUCCAUCAAUGCAUUUGAUUUCCAUGUGCAGCCAUUUAAAGUAAAUAAUUCAAAAUAUGGAAUGGCUGAAGAAUGCCAAAUGGAUAAAGAUGGCAUGUUGAUCCCAAUCAUAGUUGGUGCAGCUCUUGCUGGCCUUGUGCUGAUUGUGUUGAUUGCAUAUCUAAUUGGAAGAAAGAGAAGCCACGCUGGAUAUCAAACCAUCUAAUCUUGCAUAGAUUUAGCUAUUCCACCUCUUUAACUAAUGCUAUCUCAAAGAAAUGCAUACACAUGCUCUCCUGGAAUCUUGGGGAUGGACCUGCAUUAAAGGGAGUUAAGAGAAAAAUGUUUACUGACAAAUGGAAUCCUCUGCCUGACAACUUGAUUCUAAUUGUAUGUUUUUAACAGAAUAUGGUGAAAUAUUUCCCCCAUUCCUGCCAUCCCUAGGUGUUGACAUGGGUAUGUCAGUGCAUUACAUUGUAUAACCAUGGAGCUGGGGAAUAGUUAAAAUGGUGGCUACAUGCAAUGUGAAAGCUAAGGGCCACAGUGAAUAAGAAUGUAAUGUUGCCAGGAGGGGAUUUACACAUUUAAUUCAGGUUGUGAGGGAGUGGCAUCUGUACACCUACUUUAAAUAUUAGUGUUUCUUCAUCUUUUUUUUUGUCCUAAGUGGAUGUGCAGUGGGUUAAAUAGAGGUCAGGCUUAUUUACACUAUGGAGUGCAGCCAAACAAGGGAGGCCUGGUUUUCCAUAAAGGCUAUGCUGAUAUAGUGUAAGAGCACGUUAACAGGUCUGUUUGUGGCUAAAUUAUAACAUUUUCAAAUUCUACUGUGUAACCAGGAGUGUUAAUUCUUACUUUACAAUAUUGUAAUGGUGUGUUGUGCUAAAGUGGGUUUUUUUUUGUCCAAUAAACUUCACAAGGAUGUGUCUUUAUGUAUGCAUUAACACAAUGUGCCUGUAAGUUGGGUUUCUUGCAAAUUAUGCUCCCUUACCUCCUGCCCCUGCCUAUUUCCCUCCUCCAAAAAAAAUUGGUAAGUUAGCAGCUGGCACAUUACUAAGAUUUUAGUUUGAUUUUGAGUAUGAUUUAAUCAUUGGAAUGAGACCUUUAAAAAUGAGCAUAAUCUACUCCUUGAUGUUUUUAUUUCCAUAAAAAUAUUACCCUGAAGUGCAGAUUGUGUUGCAGUGUUUGAACUUUCCAAAAUAACACGACACUGCUGUUGGGCUUUUUUAGCCUUUAACUAACAUUUCAAAUUACACAAUGAUUGUCUUAUCCAUUUAAAAUAUAUUGGGGUGAACAGCUUUAUCUGUAAAAAUCCUGCAACAGCUUCAGUAAUUGCUGAUAAAUUAACCUAGACAGAUGCUGAUUAAAUUCAGAACUAACUGGUUUGGAUGAUAAGCACCUGGUGUGUGAACUGUAAACUCAAAAGAUGUUGGUUGGAGUAAAGGUUGCUCUGAAGCAUUUAACAUGCACUGUUUUUGCCAGUACUUACGAGGUGCAUAAUUUGAGCUUAGGUUAUAUUAAAAAUGUUUAAAAAUCUGGUUUACAUAUUUAAACAUUUGGGUUGUUUGUAAGCUGGUGGUCAGGGAUGUUAGGUGGUGUAUAUUGAGUGCUUUGCAAAUACUAGGAGCUGGCACUCUCCACUUUUUUUUUCUCCAGUUCGGUGUGCAUUUUUGUGGCUGCACCUUUUAAGGCAUGUCUUAGCGUAUAUAUAAAAAAAAAUCCAGCCUUCUGGUUGGCUGUGCGUAAGAGCUUGUUUGGGAUAUUGACUGACACUUCGCACAUAAAGGAGAAUGCAUUAUCUUUUAACUGUGCUAAUAAAUACUUUGUUUCUGAAAGGGCUAUGUGCUUAGUUUCCCCUCUUCUAUUAAAGGCAUUUGGCCACCACCCCCAGUUGGAUUACAAAGGGAAUCUUAACUCUGACACAUUAAAACAAAGAGCAUUUUUUUAGGGUGAAAACGCAGUUUCUAAGAUUGUAAUUUUUUGCUUUCCCUACUAUUUCCCAAUACAUUCUUGACAGUGUAAUAGCAUUAAGCUUGAGAUUUGCUUGGAUGAUUUUCUACACCAUAUUGGGGCCUUUUUAUUUCAUGAGAAAUUAUUUCAAAGUUAAAUUUGUCCUGUUUUCACACUGUUCCAUUCCUUUUUUUGUACUUUCCAAUUUUGAGUUCUGUAAUUCAGAUUGAUGUUGGAGAUGAAAUUUUUUCUGACGUACUUAUGCACCAAUAAAAUUGUUUCUUUUGUCUGCCAGA